AUGCUAGAAGCCUCAGCCCAAGCUUCAAGCCCCGAGCGACCGGGAGUUGUCGUAAAAAACCCCCGACCGCGCUCCGGUCAUGACAGCGAAACGGAUACCCGCGAGGGGCUCGAGCUGCAAGAAAUCCAAACGCACGAGGAUAACCAGUUGGAAGAUUCCACACAAUCGAAUUCAUCGGGCGACGAAUAUUGCAUCGUGACUCGGCGCACAACAUCACGCGCUGAGGCAGCUCGUGUCGAGUCUAGGCAGCGCCGCCUCGCGAGGAAGGGGGCUUGGGGAAAGUUUGCGAGGUUUUGGACGCAUCAUGUUACUUUGACUGUGCCACACAAGAGUAACCGUGAUUAUUUUGCCCUGGAGCGGACAUUUCUUGCAUAUAUCCGGACCUCAUUGGCGGUGACCCAACAGGGUGUGCUUAUUGCACAGCUAUUCCGCCUGCCGGCGGUGAUGGCCUUGGAGGAUCGUUUGGGUUUCUACCGCGUUGGCGUUCCGCUUUCUAUUACUUGUCACUGCGUGGCUAUUGUUGUCGCUUUGGUUGGUGCUUAUCGUUUUUGGAGACAGCAGAACGCCAUCGCUCGGGGCAAGGUACAUGCUGGUGGGUGGGAACUGAACUCUGUAGGGAUCCUUUUAGGCUGUAUUAUAUUGACGAUAUUGAUUGUAUCUGUCGCCAUUGUUGUCGAGGAUGAAUCCGAUCCAUCGGUGCUAGGUCGGUGGAUAUUAGGACGAUGA